AUGGAGAUUGAUUCAAAUAGUGGGGAGAAUUCUUUAUUAAAUGAGAGUGAAAAAGUUGAGGAACCUAAGAGAGAUAUGUGUUUUAGCUCAAAGCAAGAAGUGUACACAUUUUAUACCAAAUAUGCUAAACAUGUUGGAUUUUCCAUAGCUUAUAAAACACAAGUUUGUGGCGAUGAUAGGGAAUUAAGAUAUUUUGGGAUUGAAUGUUCUCGAUUAGGAAAGCGAACCAAAAAAUUAGAAAUAAACCCUCUAAAGCCAUCUCUGUCCACAAAAAUUGAUUACAAAGUAAGGGUACGAGUGACCUUACAAAAGGAUUGGAGAUUUAUGUUAACCACAGUUAACCUUGACCAUAAUCAUGACUUGAUUCCUACCGAUUCAUGUCAUUUUGCAAUGAAUAAGAAAAUUCUUACUCUUGUGAAGAAAAGAUUAGAAAUUAAUGAUCAAGUAGGGAUUGGGGUGUCUAAGAAUUAUAACUCCAUGGUUGUUGAAGCUGGGGGUUAUGAGUCAUUAACAUUUGAUGAGCGAGAUGCAAGGAAUAACAUUGACAGAGCUAGAAGAAUGAGGCUUGGAGAAGGAGAUGCCGUUACACUUCAAAAAUAUUUUUUGAGGAUGCACGCACAAAAUUCGAGUUUCUAUUAUAUGAUUGAUGUUGAUACUGACUUUCGCAUUAGAAACUUGUUUUGGGCAGAUGCAAUGAGUCAAGCGACUUAUGAAGAAUUUGGAGAUAUUGUUUCAUUUGACAUAACUUAUCUCACUAACAAAUAUGAUAUGCUAUUUGCUUUGUUUAUAGUAGUUAACCACUAUGGACAGUUGAUUUUGCUUGGUUGUGGGUUGUUAUCUAGUGAAGACACUGAUACAUUUGUUUGGUUAUUCAAAGCAUGGUUAAAUUGUAUGUCAGAUUAUCCUCCAAAAGCUAUAAUAACUGAAAGCUAUGCAAAAUGUUAUAGAAAUUGUCUUCCCAAAUACUUGACAUCGAUGGUGUUUAUGGCAUAUAAUGAAGAAAAUUCUGGAGAAAUUGAAAGGCCAUUUCCAAUAUAA